CAGAACAGCCUAGCUCAGCAGCUAAUGCGGCAGUGGUGGCGGCGGCUGCUGCGGCUCCUUUCGCAUUUUUCCUCUCUUCCCUGUAUCAUCUCCAUGCCUUUUUCCCUUUCUUUCUCUCUUUUUGUCUAAUUCAUACCUUUCGGCUCGAUAGCCGCUCUGUGUGUAAAUAUAUAAAUUCACAUGUAUUGUUUUUAUAAGAGGAGCCGCUGGUGCUGAGCUAUGUUUGUAAUAUCACAUCUACACGCGCUCGUAUUAGUCAAAUUUUGAUAAGUCGUCUAUAGCAGGCCGUAGUUAUAGAGCAGGCCUCAUAAUGAUUAUUCGCGCACGGUCUAAUGUGUCAGACACGCGAAUCCUCGCACAUCUAGUUGGCAGUUAGUGAGGUGUUGUUGUUGUUGUUUUUGUUGUGUCUGUGUGUAUGUGUGUGUCGGCCUCAUCAUCGUUCGGUUUACAAACACGCGAACGCUCAAGUAGUUAUGUAUAAUAAUAAUAAUAAUGAAGCCGAGAGCUGCUCCUAUUUUCCACAUUACAGCCUCAAGCUCGUCUUGUAAAUAGUGUUUGAGUAAUCGUGAAUAAAGCAAUAGUAGUAAUAUUAAAAAAAAAGAGAGGAAAAAAGUGUAGUGCCGGUGCUAUCGCGUAGCUCUCAAAUACGAGAUAUAUAACGGAGCCAAGAUCCUAUUCUAUGUGCCCGAAGAGAAAAUCGAAUUUGUCACCGAGAGCGAGAACGAAAUCAUCAACCAAGUCGUCGUGCCUCGUGCAUACCUGUGCUCGAGUCAGGCUGACUGCACGACGAGGCCAGCAUCAUCGGUCGCACAGCUGAUCUCGCGUAUAUAGUUCGGAGCACGAGCAUCUCUUAGCGUAUAACGCAGGUGCAAAAUGCUGUCGCAGAUGAAGAACAUAACAGUGAGCAAGCUCGAGGGUAAGCGGCAGAAGCAGCAGCUCAUAUCGUCGUCCAGCCUGUCCGGCAUGUCUCAUCUGUCCAACAGCAGCGAGGAGGCGCUCGAGCCACUAGUCCAUAAGCCACACAGUUCCUGCAAAUCCGAUAGCCAAAGUAGCAGCUGUAGCAGUAGCACGAGUAGCAGCACAUCGAAGGACAAAAAUGCACAGGCCAACAGCGAGUGGCUGCUCAACAGUCCAAACGGCAGCAAGACGCCGCUGCUGCGCUUCAAAUGCUCGGCGCUGGGUGAGCCCCCGGAAGACCCACCGGCUAAACAGCUGCACAUGACGUACAAGAUUUUCCAAGUGGACACCAAGUUAAUCAAUGUACUGCUCCAGGCGCACGGAUUUACCGAGGUUGCCACGCACGAGCCGCACUUCAAUCUCCUGUGGAUGGGCAAUCAUCCGAAGCCAGACGUGCUGCGAAGUCUACUGCCUCAUCAAAAAGUCAAUCAUUUCCCGAGAUCGUACGAGAUAACGCGCAAGGAUCGCCUCUACAAGAACAUCGAGGGUAUGCAGCGCAGCAGGGGCACGAGGAAUCACGACUUCAUACCGCAGACGUUUCUGCUGCCCAACGAGUCGCGAGAGCUGCAGACUGCCCAUUUCCGUUAUCGUGGACCCUGGAUCGUCAAGCCCAAGGCUAGCUCGCGCGGCCGCGGCAUCUACAUAGUCAAUAGCCCUGAAAAGAUACUCACCGACGAGUCGGUGAUCGUGGCUCAGUACAUCAACAAUCCAUUGCUGGUCGAUGGUCACAAGUGCGACCUGCGCCUGUACGUGGCGGUGACGAGUUACGAUCCACUCCUGAUCUACCUGUACGAGGAGGGUCUGGUGCGCUUCGCCACGGUCAAGUACGACGGCGGCGAUCAGUACGUCUGGAAUCCCUGCAUGCAUCUCUGCAAUUACAGCAUCAACAAAUUUCACGUCGAUUACGUCAAAAGCGAGGAUCCGGACGCAGAGGAUGUCGGUCACAAGUGGACACUAUCGGCUCUGCUCAGGCAUUUGCGAUCGAUCGGUCAGGACACCGAACUUCUGAUGCAGAAAAUCGAAGAUGUCAUAAUAAAAUCGAUUCUCGCCACUGCUUCGGGAAUCGUGAGCGGCAUCAAACAAUUCGUAAAGCAUCCCGAGACUUGUUUCGAGCUGUUCGGAUUCGAUAUACUGAUAGACGAUACAUUGAAACCUUGGCUACUCGAAGUCAAUCUUACACCGUCUCUUGGCUGUGAUUCACCGCUGGACGUGAGAAUCAAGUCGGCGCUCAUGACCGAUUUACUGACACUAGUCGGCGUACCUGCCGUUGAUCCAAUAGUCAAGCAGAAAAGUACGAAUUCCAAUAAAACGAUCAAUAUGAACUUGACCAAGCGUCUAUCGAUUGGCUGUAGAAGAGUCCAUUCCGCGGAAACCUUAAAUAAUCAGAAAAAGAAACCCAGCGUAAAAACGAAUGUAAAUAACAAAACUGGAUUGAGUUCGGAACAACAAAGAAUUUUAACAUCCUCGAAGGCACAAAUCGAACGACGCGGAGGGUUCGUACUCAUAUUUCCUAGUCCCAAAUCGUGGGAAUUGUAUUCUCAGUACUUGGAUCCGGUAACCGGCGUACCAAUGGCGACGGAUCCUCUAGGACCUGGAAAAAUCGUUCAAGUAACCAGUGUCAAUCACAAUUUCAUGCUGCACGAACAGCUGUUUCCAGCCGCCAGUCGCUCAGCUGGUUACAUACUUCCUGACGUGAAAUUUGAUCGACUGUCAAGAUUCGAAAGGUAUGAAAGAGCAUUGGUCAAAGGUUACAGAUCUAGCUUGGAUAGAAACGACAGUAAAGAAAAUUUGGACGUCGACACGCACAAAUACAAAGCUCAAGUGAUGCAGCUCAUGCACGAAGGAUAUAAAUUAAGUCCUGGAGAAGCGCGAAAAGCAUUCGGCCUAUACUUGGGAACUAUUCUGCGGAGAAUUUCCGAAAGUGAUUCGGAUCCUGUUUGUGUCGAUCUUGUUAGUAAAUUUUUGCAACAGUCUACAAAUAAUCUGAAGCAGCCUUUUUCAUAUACUCUGCCGAAUAGUAAAUUAGGCGAUAAGGAUAAAGCCGCGGUCACGGCCAAGCAAUUGUCCGACUUUUUACAUCUAUAUAAUAGAGAAACAGAAGUGUACUUAGAUUCAGUUGACCGACCGCGGACGGUCCCGAACAGGCUAUUUCAAAAAUUUCUCAUCGCCGCCAGCGAGGAAGAUCUCGAUGAUGUAUUGAUUCUACAAACUAAACUCUACAACUGCGCUCACACGUUUCUUGGACGUAGCAGUUUUGCCGGCAGUGUUCGAGGUUCAAGUUUACUGGGCUCGCUGCCACAUAUCACCUCAAGAGUGCAUACCAACGCCAAUGCUACCGAGCAGUGUAAGUGCAACGAAACGAAUGGUCGACCGAGCAAAGCUCCGAGAACGUAGUUUGGACGUUGUUACACUUUGUCCAGUGAUAAUUUUAUCCACACGUUAUUCAGUAGUUAUAAGAAUGAAACGCUGCAUUAAAACGUUCGAUAGUACUAAAUAAUAAAUGAAAUAAGCUCUGAACAAUAAUUGUUGUUUUUAGUUUCAUUGCGAUAUGCGCGCAGUGUCAGGAAUUAAUUUUAUGUUUUAGUUUAUUAUUCGUCAAACGAUGUAUGAACUGUAUACUAAUGCGAAGAUUGUUAGAAGGCUUGUUAUUGUAUGUUUUAGCAAAUUAUUUUCCAGAAUACAUGAGUAGUCUUUGUGCUUAUUUUAAGUAUUCAUUAGUCCAAAGAAAAAACUAAAUGUUUGCGAGAACUAUUUUCUUGUUUUAGGCGCACAUUAAAAGGUCUAAGAAUUAUUAUUACUGUUCUAAACUAUAAUGUUCCUACUUACAAAUAUUUUUUUAAUAGAACACUGUAGUUACUUGAUUAUAUUUAACCUCUCAUAAAAAAGUGAUGAACUAAAUAGCUCGAUCAGUUUACGAGCGUUCUGAUUGUAUUAUUGAAAUACAAUUUUUUUGGACGUAUUAUUAUAAAAUAUAUUUUAAAAUAAGUUCAA